AUGGACCUUUCCCAACUCUGCCGUAUUUGCCUUAAAAAGAGGGAUUGCCUCAUUGAUCUUUUUGUUGAGGACAAGGAGGAGCCGACCUUGGCCGCCAUGCUGUGGGAGUGCUCCGGCUGCAGUGUGGUCAAACUGGAUGGCAAGCCGCAGUUCAUCUGCUUGAAGUGCGCAGACGCCACGAGGAUCGCCUUCCACCUGAUUCGUCUGACCCAGGAGAGUGAUCAGCACUUGGACAUGCUGCGUGUGAGGGACAAUGCCAAGCAGAAGGAUGAGUUGGGAGACCAAGCUGGGCAGGCGACCAGUACCAAGCUUAAGGAGGAGCUGGAGCUGAACGAGGAUGGGCAGUCUGCUGAGGGGGGUGUCAUAACCAAGGAGGAGCUGGAUCUGAACGGGGGCGGGCAGUCUCCGAUGUGGGAGUACCAACCUGGAGGCUUUGCCAACACCUCUCCCAGAAUCACAAACAUGCUGGAGGAGGCGGCAGAGCAGGAUCUGGGUCAGGUGGAUCAGAAUUCCUACUCACCUCCGUACACCUUGAGGUUUCCAUACUCCCCGUUCAGUGACCAUUGCGAGCAGGAGGAGGAUGGGGAAACCAAGGGUGAGCUAGAUCUGAACGAGGGAGGGCAGUCUGCGAAGUGGCACUACCAAGCUGGAGACUUUGCCCACACCUCACCCAGUAUUGCUACCACGCAGGAGGAGGCUGCAGGGCAGGAUGCGGAUCAGGCUGAGAACCCGCUUGAAGGAUUUUUCUACUCAGCUGGCAGUCCAGAUCCCCCGGACUGGUCGGAUAGUACUCUGCUUGAGGAUCCAUACAAUGUAGGAUCCCCGCACUCCCCGACCAACGACCAUUCCAAGCAUAAUGGGGAUCAACUUGAGGACGUUGUGGCAUUUGCCUAUUCGCCCCUCAGUAACCAUUCCCAGCAGGGGGAGGAGGAGCUGCUGCCUGAGGCUGCAAAGAAGCCGGAGCCAGAGGAUCAACCUAAGGCCUCAACUGCCUCCAAAUCCAAACGAAUACCCCCACGCAGACCCUCGCCCCCUCCAGGAGAUAGGCAUUACAAAAAUUUGAAAACCCAUGUCAGGAAGCACAAGACCAAGAGCCGCUUCCAAUGCCUCAAAUGCCGCAAAUUCUACGCGAACAACAGCAGCUUGAAGGCCCAUUUUCGCACCCACACUGGCGAACGCCCCUUCGCAUGCUGUCACUGCAACAGUCGUUUCCGGCAGAGCAGUGCCUUCCUAAGGCACGUUCGAAAUGCCCAUCCCAAGAAGGAUCCCUACUUGUGCAAGAUCUGCCAGUUUACCAGCGCUCGAAUGUCGGCCCUGAAGAAGCACAUGAAGGCCGUCCACGGCCUGGCCUAUCCUUAG